AUGGCUGGAGCUGUACGCCAACCGAUUGAUAUCCCGUCGUUGGAGCGAUACCUCGACCAGAACUUGCCUAUCAUCAAGACGCCAAUUGAGGUGAAACAAUUUGGCUUCGGGCAAUCCAAUCCCACCUACCUAAUCACCGGCUCCGACAAGCAACAAUAUGUCCUACGCAAGAAACCCCCAGGCAAGCUCCUGUCCAAGACGGCGCACCAGGUCGAACGAGAAUACAAGAUUAUCCACGCGCUAGAGAAGACCGACGUCCCUGUCCCCAAGGCAUACUGCCUAUGUGAGGAUAGCAAUGUGAUCGGCACUCCGUUCUACAUCAUGGAGUUCCUGGACGGCCGAAUGUUCACAGAUCCUGCCAUCCCCGGCGUAAGCGCAGAAGAGCGAACCGCACUAUGGCGCGAUGCAGUCCGCACAUUAGCCAAGUUCCACCGGGUCGUUCCCAAGUCCGUUGGCCUGGAGCGAUUCGGCAAGCCGUCCGGCUACUACGACCGUCAGAUCGCCACCUUCACAGCUGUGUCCAACGCGCAGGCGCAGGCCGUCGACAUCGAGACCAAGAAGCCGGUCGGUGAACUGCCUCACUUCAUGGACAUGGUGCGCUUCUUCUCCAACAAGGCCACCCAGCCACUCGACAGAGGCACCCUCGUGCACGGCGACUACAAGAUUGACAACAUGGUCUUCCACAAGACAGAGCCCCGCGUCAUCGGCAUCCUGGACUGGGAGAUGGCGACGGUUGGCCACCCUCUGUCCGACUUCUGUAAUCUCACUAGCCCCUAUUUCCUCGGCGGAACGGAGCACAAGACGGAGCAGUUCCAGCCUGGCGUGGUGCCGGGCCUGCCGAGACGCGAGGACUGCGUGCGGUGGUACCGCGAGGUCGCCGGGUGGGACCCCACGCCGGAUAUCCUGUGGGGGGAUGCGUUCUUCUCGUGGAGGAGCUCCGUGAUCAUGCAGGGGAUUGCGGCGCGGUAUGCCCUGCGCCAGGCCAGCAGUGCGCGUGCGCAAGAAUACGCGCAGAUGACCGGGCCAUUUGCCUUGGGGGCGUGGGAACGGGUCAAGAAGGUCCAGGAGCAGGUGCGUCAGAAGGGGAAGCUGUAG